CAUUACUUGAUAUUCAUCUCGUUCACAUACACCGUUAAUCGCAAAGUCACGAUGCCGCCAAAGAAGCGCCAGCGAGUAUCACAAGCGGCCUCACCAGAAGCGAGUCUUCCUCCUGAUACACCCGCUCAAGCCAAUGCAGCAGCAGAUCCUAAAGAAGAGAACCAAGACGAUGAGGGAAGGAAAGGCAAUGCCACAGUAGAAGAGCGCGAGCUCGCCGAGCUCUGGACCGAUAGCGAAGAGAUCGGCCUAUUCAAGGGCAUAAUGCGCUGGAAACCAACCGGUACGCGAUCACCCUGAAGACCAUUGCGCCGUCCCUACCGCCGCCGAACCAGCGCUCGAUGGAAGAAAGAUUCCGCCUGCUAACAGCGCAGGACAGGCAUCCACAAACACUUCCGCAUCCUCGCACUACACAACUGGCUCCUCCAAAACAACCACAUCACGCCCGGGC